UUGACUAGUAAGAGACAGAUUUUCUUACUGAGAAAGGGGAGGGAACAGCUGCUGCUUCUAUCAGCUCGCUUAGUAUUUGCCUAGUGACUUUUAUUUCACUGAGUAUUUUAGAGGGAGAUUCUUCUUUCUGACUCUCAAAAUGGUUAUCAAAGUUUUUAUUGCCACAUCUUCUGGGUCCAUAGCGAUUAGGAAGAAACAGCAAGAAGUGGUGGGCUUUUUGGAAGCCAAUAAAAUUGACUUUAAGGAAUUUGAUAUUGCUGGUGAUGAAGAUAACAGGAGAUGGAUGAGAGAGAAUGUACCUGGAGAGAAAAAACCACAAAAUGGGAUUCCUCUUCCUCCACAGAUCUUUAAUGAGGAGCAGUAUUGUGGGGAUUUUGAAUCUUUCUUCUCUGCAAAAGAAGAAAAUAUUAUAUAUUCAUUUCUUGGUUUGGCACCUCCUCCAGGCUCAAAGGUGGCAGAAACAACUGAGGAAACAUCAACUCUUCCGAAUGGUGAACUUGUGGGAGGGGAACAGAAUACUACAGAAGGAACAGACAGUGCUGAAGUAAGUGAUAAAAAUGAGGUGCCAAAAGAAGACGUGGAAGAUGUAGACAAUCCUACUGAAUCAGAAGUAAAACAGGAGGGGACUACAGAAGAGGAAGAAAAAGAGGAAGCAGAAGAGGAGGAAAAAGAGGAAGCUGAAGAGGAAGAAAAAGAGGAAGCACAAGAGAAAGAAGAGCAGAAGAUUCUUAGUUCUUUUCAUGCUUCAUUUAUUCAAGUUUCUCAGCUUGACAGAGAAGAAAGAAAGAGACUCUCUUAAAAGCAAACAUUAAAGCCAGGAUCUCUAGACUCAUUCAGCAACCAUCAUUUGAAAUGAUAGAGGCAAUAUUUGAAGAUCUGGGAGAAAGUCAAUUUAGAGGAUUGAGAUUUGUUUAGGAGAUGAGAACUCAGUAUUUCACUUUUUUCUCCAUAGGAUAAACCUGUUCUUUGGUAACAUGCAGAGAUGUGGACAUUAUAAUCUGUUUUCUAUGAUUUUCUAACUUAUAUAAACUGUUUUUUUUUGGUGUGUUUGUAUAUCUCUCCUAGUUUGAGAUAUCCUCUUGGAAUAAUCUUGGAAUAAUGGAUCUCUUCUUCUCAGAUUUUUCCAUUGUUGUAUCCUGUUUAGCAUUUACAGCCCUUCAUAAUCUAGUCCCAAUUUAUCUUUACAGGCUUAUUACACAUUACUCUCAUAAAUUCUUCAUUCAAACCAAGUUGACAUUAUUACUGUUCCUUAUAUACUUUGUCUUCCAUUUCUGUCUGCAUUGGCUUUAAUACGCUCCUUAUAAAGCAUAUUAAAGCUCCCUUCUCCACUUCUUAGAAUGCUUACUUACCUUCAAAGUUUAGGUCAGUCCAAACUUCUAUAAGACACUUUUCCUAAUCCCUCUGACUGGCAGUACCUUCUUCCUCACCAAAUUAUCCCCUAGAUAUUUUGUUUCUAUUUGUAAAAUAAUCUGCAAGCUUCUAGGGAUUUAUGAGGUAAUUAUGGAGAAGAAAUUUUCAAUCUUUUGUGUUCAAGAUUUAGGGGCAAGAGAGUAUGAGAUUUGGUGGAUGGGGAGAAAGAGAAUAGGGAAUUGAGUGAGAACAAAACCUGCUCUCAGGUAUUGAGAGCAAGUAGAUGUAGUACUAGCACAUAUAGCCACAGUGAGACAUCUUAUAUCCUUCACAGCUAGGAUUAGGAAACUAUCCCAUUAUUCCCUCAAGGCCUGAGGAAGGUGCUAAAUUCCUUGACAUAUAUUCUGUUUCACUUUUAGUCUUUGUAUCUUUGUACUUAGCAGUCUCCAUUAUAUGGUAGGUGGCUAAUAAAUGCCUACUGAUUGAUUGUCAUCUUUCAUCAAUCCAAUUGAACUCCUGUGACUUGAAGUAGCUGCUCCCAGAAGAGCUGCACUACCUACUUUGUUAUUGCCACUUCUUACAUCUCUCUUUAUAUCACUUAACCUGCAUCUAUUCCCAUUGCCACUACAACUUCCCUGUCCAUGUAGAAGGGGAGUGAUGGAGGCAGUAUAGGGGAGCCAACUGCUAUUAUAUUUAUUGAUGCUACUAUAUAACCCACCAGUGAGAGCGGCUUCUAUCAGAAAAUGGUAAGCAGGGGCAGCUAGAUGGGCAAUAGAUAGAGCACCAGCCCUGAAGUUAGGAGGAUCAGAAAAUGGGAAGGCAGAAAGAUACCUUCCCCAUAUUUUCUUCCUGCCCUCCAUGGAUCAUUUUUAGAAAACUCUGGGGAGGAUAUCUCUACUUCUUUGGAGACUACUUACUGCUCUAGUAUGGUACUUACUGAAAUUCGGUAUGAUUAGAUAUAAUUUUAGGCCAGUUUUUUAUAUGAAAAUUUUAAUUCUCCUCUCUUGUACUUGGGUUAAUAUUAGUUCAUAGCACAGAAGAAAAUUUAAUGCAUGUAAAAUAACCAAGACUGUAAUAAAUAUUCAAAGAGUAUUCUAAAAGUAUUUUUCUCCUUAAUGUUUUCAUUUC